UUCUCCCUAAAAAAAAACAUCUCCAAAAGAUAAAAAGCACUACUAACACAUUCGUCCUUGAAAGGCAGAGUUCAGGAAUUCUGGAGCUCUCCCAACACCCCUUCCUUCCUCCUAGGGACCAAACCUCCUGUCCAGUGUCACAGAAGUCCCCGGUGCUCCAAACAAAUGUUUUUACUUCUGCCGUCCUCCAGCCGGGUGAGGAAGGGGAGUACCCGGGCCGCCCCUCACUUUCGCCCCGGCAGUUUUCCAGUAAAACCAGGGCGGUAUGGGAGUGUCUUUUUGGCUGUGGAACUUGAUCCUCCUACCUUGUCCUGAAGCCACCCGCUGCUUUUCCCCAGCCCUCCCUUCGUGGUGAUUUUCCUCUCCGGGACGCCCUGCGAGGGCGCGCGGCUGGUGUCCCCCCCAGGCCGAAAGCACUUGCAAGUGAAAAAGCAGCGCAACCUCUGCCAUCUUAGAUGGUUUCUAGUGGAGGGGCUCCGACAAUUUAGCAGACGGCCCAAGUAUCACGACAUCUUUCACCUUCAGGAACAGAGACCUUGGGGAAACAGAUUCCUUCAAAGUGCAGGUGGGCCAGCCAUGAGAGGGUACCUCGUGGCCAUAUUCCUGAGUGCUGUAUUCCUCUAUUAUGUGCUGCAUUGUAUAUUAUGGGGAGCAAAUGUCUAUUGGGUGCCACCUGUGGAAAUGAAACGGAGAAAUAAGAUCCAGACUUGUUUAUCAAAGCCAGCUUUUGCUUCUCUCCUGAGAUUUCAACAGUUUCACCCUUUUCUUUGUGCAGCUGAUUUUAAAAAGGUUGCUUCCUUCUAUGAUAACGACAAGUUUGAUUUGCCCUAUGGGACAAGAACAUCAGCGGAGUAUUUUCGACUCGCUCUUUCAAAACUGCAGAGCUGUGACCUAUUUGAUGAGUUUGACAACGUGCCAUGUAAAAAGUGUGUGGUGGUUGGUAAUGGAGGAGUGUUGAAGAAUAAGACAUUAGGAGAAACGAUUGACUCCUAUGAUGUAAUAAUAAGAAUGAAUAAUGGUCCUGUUUUAGGACAUGAAGAGGAAGUGGGGAGAAGGACUACCUUCCGACUUUUUUAUCCGGAAUCUGUUUUUUCAGAUCCCAAACACAGUGAUCCUAAUACCACGGCGAUUCUCACUGCUUUCAAGCCGCAUGAUUUAAAGUGGCUGUGGGAACUGCUGACAGGUGGCAAAAUAAACACAAAUGGUUUUUGGAAGAAACCAGGCUUAAACCUGAUCUAUAAACCAUAUCAAAUCAGAAUAUUAGAUCCUUACAUUAUCAGAAUGGCAGCUUAUGAACUGCUUAAUUUCCCCAAAGUGUUCCCCAAAAGUCAGAAACCCAAACACCCAACGACGGGAAUUAUUGCCAUCACAUUGGCAUUUCACAUAUGUCAUGAAGUUCACCUUGCUGGUUUUAAAUAUAACUUUUCUGACCUCAAGAGCCCUUUGCACUACUAUGGGAACGCCACCAUGUCUUUGAUGAGUCAGAAUGCGUAUCACAAUGUGACUGCAGAGCAGCUCUUUUUGAAGGACAUUAUAGAAAAAAACUUUGUAAUCAACUUGACUCAAGAUUGACUCUACAGACUGAGCAAUCAACAUGACUCAAGAUUGACUCUACAGACUCAGCUAACAGUAUUAGUUUUAUUUUUAUACUGCAAUUUUUAGUUUAUUUUUAAAUAUGUCAGAUGCACUUGUCAUGAAAUUAUAUAUACGAGUAUUGUUUAUUGCUGCCUGGUGAUUCAUAACCACCAGCUUAAUUUCUGUGAAUAUAUUUAAUUUAUGAAAACUAAGAUAUUUAGUUAUCAGGGAAAUAAGUUUUGAUUGUCUUUUUAAAAUAAGGUAAUUUUCUGAGGUGUUCGACUUCAUGCUCAGUAAGGGGAUUUAAAUUCACCGCAACCAAUUUGAAUAGAAGAUGACAUUUUGAGAGGUAUAAUUUGGCUCCUAUAAAUUGGUGGGGAAUUUGCAUGUGCUUGUGCCUUGAUGUACAAACUGCAAGCACUUCAGGCCUAUAUCUGGACGAUUGUUUAGUUUCUUCUUCUUCUAUUUGAGGAAACUGGUUUGAAUUCACAGGAGCAUGCAUGGUUAUGGAAAUCUAAGACCGUGUUUCCCCCCAAAUAAGAUAUAGCCAGACAAUCAGCUCUAGUGUGUCUUUUGGAGCAAAAAUUUAUAAGACUGGGUCUUUAUAAUAUAAGACCCGGUCUUAAUAUUAAGUUUUGCUCCAAAAAACACAUUAGAGCAGAUGGUCCAACGAGGUCUUAUUUUCGGGGAAACACGGGAUCAUACUGGAUUAAUUAGACUUUUUUCCUUGCAAUUAAGUAACCCAUGAUUCUGAGUAAUUAGGUAGAAUGAAGAUGGUAUUUUUUGUUCUUAAGUUGAAGGAAAUAGGCUAACCAUGAAAUUCUGGAUGAGUACAUAACCAAAGAAUGCAAUUACUAAAGUCUGGCGACUGGAUUAUUUUAAAGAAAUAAAAAGCUUAUACAAAUAAGCUGAAUUAGGCAAGCUCAAGGAGGAAAUUCUUGAACACUGGUUUUGCCUGGUUUAAUUCUUUAUAUAUUUUAAAAGUUUACUAUAAGAUGAAGACAUGAGUAAGUAAACACUUAAAAAGUCAAACUGUUUUUGGAUUUAAAUGGUAUUUUCAUGAAAAAUCUCAUCUUCAAGUGAAAAGCUUACCUGGCUGCUACCUCGGGUGCACCAGAGGAGAAUCCGACGGGAAGCAAACAAGCCAGACCUACAAAUGUGGUGAGCUAGUCCCCCUUCCCAUUUUAAUGCAUAUAAGUAAAGGCUUUGGUGGGGUGACUGAGAAAGGAAGAGAACAGAACUUACAAGAAUGAUGGAAUUAGAAGCUGUUAGAAGAGGUACUGAUACUGUGCUAAGGUCCAGCUGCCUGCUGCUUGAAAAAGUUAAAUAUCGAGAGACAAGGUUGGUGGAGGAACAAGCAGGUUUAUUCAGAAUGCUGGCAUUCUGGGAGGAUGGCGGACCCCUGUCCAAAGGCCAUCUCCCCGUUGCUAGAACAGGCAGAGGUUUUAUAGAGACACAGGAAGAACAAAGGAAAGGGGGAAUUAGUCAGGCAGGUCUGAGGGCUGACAUUGCUUCCUGGGGUCUGGUCUGUUUGAAGAUGAUAUUAUUUCCGGACUCUGGACUCGGCCACCACGGCCUGGGCUUAUGAGUCACCAGUAAAAACUGCAAGAAGUUGUAAAUUGGAUUUCGGUGUCCAGAUACAUGAGGAUUAAGAAAUUGCCCUUUCUAAGUUAGGAUGUUAUUAAUUAACGAGGUAUGGGUAGCCUUGAGAAAGGGAACAGAGUUAAUCAGAGCAAACAGAUGACUAUCAGGAUGGAUCAAACUGCAAACAAACCAAGUCUAAUUACAGGUGGCUAGAUAGUGAGCUAUGCGGUGAGAUAAACUGCAAACUAGUUAAGUUGAACUACGUUAUUGAUUCCCUGAAUUUCACCCUAACAGUAUGCGUUGAGAGAAUAUCUUCUGAACAAUAAUUAGCACGGGGAGACAGUGAUGGUGUUACUGACAACCAACCUGCCUCGGAAGAGUGUGUAAAGGGUGAAAUAUUAGAGCAGAAACAGGAAUAAAGCACUUAGAAAAUUACUAUAAUAGUUGUCCUGAUCCUAGACAUUAAAUAGGAUUUACGUUCUGUUCCUAGCGUAUGUUUGCAUAGUACCCCAGUUCCAUUUGGUUCUUCUAAUAACUUUGAGGUGGAAUGGGCAGGUCUAGACUGGAGCCCAUGUACGCAGUGUGCCUUUCCCUUUCAGCACACAACGAUCGGCUGCAGCUUGACUGCUGCAGUUAAUUUUGAUGUGAAGUAAUUCUAGCUUCAAAAAGGAUGCGGCUGGCUACAGAAAAAGUCAAAGUCAAAACCAGUGAUGGUAUUUCCAAAUGUUAUUCUGAGUACUCUUUAAUAGCGGCCAAUUUCUGACUGAUGUCAAAAUUGAGGAAUCUGGCAUUUUGUGUAGUAUAAGAAAAGGCUACAAACCUCAAGGUGGUCUUAGUAAAGACAGAAAAAAAAAUCUGAGCAAGACACAUAUAUACAAUUUAUUAAAAACACAUGAACACAUUAAAAUCUCACUAUUUAUACAAUCUAAAUUCUAGCAACAUAUACAAAUACUGAGUGACUACAGUACAUGCCGAGGUAAGAAAAGUACAUUCUGGGAGAAUAUCACUGGCACUCAAGCCAUUUUUAUUUCUAAUAUGUGUUUUGUUUCCACCUUUCCCAGUGCCCCCCCCCC